CCAGAAGAUCAGAUAGCAGCUUAAACUGACGCGCACGCCUGCGUUUGAACCUAUCAGUUUGGACCUGCUUCCCGGUUUGCCCAGGUGAUUUUAUCAGACGCUUGUGGACGUUUUGCGCGUGGAAUUUUAUGCGAGUUUGGUGGCUCAACGCGUAUUCAAGCUCUCUCUGAUCUGGGAGGGACGUCAGCGCUUUGGGAUUUAGCCCAGUCAGUCAUUGGAGCAGCGUUUUCCAGUAACUCGUGGGCUGCAUUUCAAAUCCGUUUAAGCAGCAGCAGGACCGCUGUUUAAUAUCUGUGGGCAUAUAACUUGGGUGAAUGCAAAUACAAAAGAAUGGGAAAUCAAAUAUCACAGGUCACUCCGUCGGCACCGACUGUUGGGAUUGACUCCUACGUCGACGAACUCGGAGACAUUCAAUACGACAAGACAUGCGGAUCGGCGCGGUUUAUGAAAACUGUCAAGGGUCGGCAUAAAGAUGGGCUGGUUAUUGUCAAGAUAUUCAUCAAGCCUAUCGCGAACCUCUCGCUGCGGGCGUUUCAGAAGCAACUGACGACUGAGCGGGCUGCUUUGCAGGAUGUGUCGCAUGCGAUAGCUUAUGCCAAAAUCGUGGAAACAGAACGGGCAGGAUAUCUAGUACGACAGCACUUUGACAAUAUUCUCUAUGAUCGGAUAAGUAUUCGGCCAUUCCUCGAGAACAUUGAAAAACGCUGGAUUGCGUUCCAGCUUUUAUCCGGCCUGAGCAAGUGUCACGCGCGCGGAGUCCACCACGGCGACAUCAAGACUGAAAACAUAGUCGUGACGUCCUGGAACUGGGUUUACCUGACAGACUUUGCGUGUUUCAAGCCUACAUACCUUCCCGAGGACGAUCCGGCCGAUUUCCUGUUUUUCUUCGACACAUCAUUGAGAAGAGUCUGCUACGUCGCCCCCGAACGCUUUUAUGCCCCAGGGGAGAAUAAACGAGGACCUCUCACCGAUGCCAUGGAUGUAUUUAGUUUGGGAUGCGUCAUUGCGGAGCUGUUUCUUGAGGGAACGCCGACUUUCACGCUUUCACAAUUGUUUGGAUAUAGAGAAGGCUCGUUCGUGCCGGAUCUAUCGAAAAUCGAUGACUUGGAAAUAAGGUCCCUGGUCCGCCACAUGAUCAGUUUGAACCCGGCCGAUCGACUCUCAGCUUCCGGUUACUUGGAAGAAUGGAGCGGCCGAGCCUUUCCAACAUACUUUUACAAUUUCCUCCACGAAUACAUCCAAAACAUUACAGAGCCGAGUGUUCUCGAACUCGGCGAGCGAUCGCUUGCACAGCAAUAUCUCGAGGCCGAUCGCCGGAUAGAGCAUAUCUACAACGACUUUGACAAAAUUGCUUUCUUCCUGAAAUUCGACGCUCCGCAGCUAUCAAACGGCGCCGCAAACUCUCACAAGACAACGGAGCCGAUCCCAGUCUAUCUCGAUAUUCCCCAUUACCACACUUCGACUCCCGUGGCGCCCCGCAACCCCCCUGAAGACGGAGGCGCAGUCAUUUUUCUCGCGAUCGCGGCCUCAGCAAUCAGGAACACGGCCACUGGACGAGCAAGACUGCAUGCUUGCGACCUGAUAUUGGCUUUUGGAGAGCAGCUGCCGGACGAGGCGAAACUAGACCGAUGCCUUCCGUUUCUAGUGUCUUUACUAGGCGAUGAUUUUGUGGAUGUGAAGGUGUCCGCGAUGCGAGCAAUAACGCAGCUGAUGGCACUUGUUCAGCGAAUCACGCCAGUGAACGAGAACGUAUUUCCAGAGUACAUUCUUCCUCGACUGCAACCUCUCCUUUCCAGCAAAGAUGUAUUUGUCCGCGCCAGUUUCGCGUCCUUCAUCGCAACCCUAGCACAGACCGCGCUCAGAUUUCUGGAUCUAGCACAGGAUGCCCGAAUCGAAGGGAUCUCCGGAGCGCUGGUCGACGCCGAGCUCGAGAAUGGAAUCGCAAAUAAUGAUGGCUACCAGGCAUACUUUGAUAUGCUCAGACGCGAACUCGUAGAGCAGUUUCAAGACCUCGCGAUCACCCUUCUCACAGAUUCAGAUUCUGCAGUAAAGCGUGCUCUACUGCGAUCCAUAUCCCCACUGUGCGCAUUCUUUGGUAGCCAGAAAGCUAGCGACAUCAUUCUGAGUCAUCUGAUUACGUAUCUGAAUGACAAGGAUGCGCUUCUCAGAGGUGCUUUCUUCGACGCAAUCAUCGGUCUUGCGACAUUCGUGGGGGGCAACAGUCUGGAGGAAUACAUUAUGCCGCUGAUGGUGCAAGCUUUGGCCGAUACGGAGGAAUUUGUUGUCGAGAAAGUUUUGUUCGCAUUUACAAGCCUGGCUGAACUAGGUCUCAUCAACAGACCCAAUCUCUGGGACCUGGUUCGCAUUACAGUUCGGUUUUCGGUGCAUCCUAAUCUAUGGAUUCGGCAAGGUGUAUUUGCGUUUAUUUCUGCUUCUGUCCGGUGGCUGUCGCCUGCCGAUAUCCACUGCAUCAUAGGCCCGAUUAUCAAGCCGUUCCUGCAAUGCGACGUUCUGGAGUUUUCAGAAAUCAUGCUGCAGGAUUUCUGCAAACCACCGCUGCCGCGAAUAAUCUACAACGCCGCAAUUAACUGGGCCGCAGAGACCCGCGACUCCAAUUUCUGGAAGUCAGCAAAGGAGCAGCGGAUGUCGGAUAUAAUGCCGCUUUUCGAAGGGUCGUAUUCAAUCACGUCUUCGCUGCAUAACCUCUCGAUUACGAAAGCUGUCGCUCAGAAUGCAGUAUUUUCCGAAAAACUACAGAAAACGGAGGAGGAUAAAUUGUGGCUCCAGAAGCUUGCUGUCUUGGGAUUGAGCGAUGACGAUCUGUGGAAGCUAGUGGCUUUGCGAGAACACAUCUGGCGGAUUGCGAAGGCCAACCCGAAUAACUACAAAUCAAUCAGCACUCGAAACGAUAGCAGCAACGCGAUUGAUUAUGGUUCGACGAUAUCUGUCAACAAGCUUGGCGUGCAGCUGCAUACCUAUUUCUUUGACGAUACGCAUGCAUCGGUCCGCCGUCAUGUUACAAAGUCUCCGAUUUCAGAGUCGACGAUUAAGCAGUACAAGACAGCUAGUGCUCUUGUUGACGCAUUGAAAACGAUCGAUCAACGGCCUUCGACCUCUCUGCCACUCAAGCGGGCGAAUUUCCCGCCCUAUUGGCUCAACGGGGUAGAAGGAUCGCCUAGGACUAUGGCACCAAUCUUCCAGCUCGACUCGCCUACCCGGCCCACUGCCGCUAGCGUGUUUAUGACAAGCCCGUCUAGGGUGCAGAGUAACGUUACCAGAAUCAACACGCUGGAAAGCACGACGAGUACUACCAAUGGUCCGUUGAGCGAUAACGAGACGGCACCCCCCACGUCGGCGGCUGGCGACAGCGUUCUUGAGCGACAGCUGACUUUGUCGCGAGAACUUCGCAGACGGGCUAGCAUUGCGACGUUUAAGAGUAAAGUCGAUGAUGAUCAUAACCCGCUCAAGGCCGUGGCAGAUGUGGGUACCAGCAAUGCGACGGCGUAUGGGCACGUUGACGGGUCGGAGAAGGAGGAUAAGAGCCCUACUUCGAAGACGAAUGCGGUGGCGCCAGCCAAGAUAGACAAGACACCGCCGAUGGAGAUGACGUCGAUGAUGGCCGCGCAGUACCCUAUGACAGAGGAAGAUGCACCAGCCGAGACUGUCGUUUAUCGUGGACAUUCAUAUACCGGCGACGAUCCAUAUAUUCUCAAGCUACUGGAUACUGUUUACGUGGAGAAGUUUAUGGUCGAUAUCCCGGAGUUUGGGCCCACGAUACCGCUGGCGGCGCGACCGCGGUCGCUUCUGAAGCACGGUGCUGGACCAGUUCCUGUACCCGGCAGCCAAUGGCGUCCCGACGGAGUGCUGAUAGCGCACUUUGAAGAGCACGCAGGGCCGGUUAAUAAGAUUGCGAUUGCGCCUGAUCACAGUUUCUUCCUUACGGCGUCAGAUGACGGUACGAUUAAGGUAUGGGACUCGAUGCAGCUCGAACGAAACGUGACGAACCGAUCGCGCCAGACGUACAAGCAUGCCAACGGCACCAAAGUAAAGACGCUGUGCAUGAUUGACGGCACGUACUGUUUCGCGAGUGGCUCGACCGACGGCGUUAUUAACAUCGUGAAGGUGGAUUAUUCUACACCUGCCGGACGGGGGAUCUCAAAAUACAACAAAUUGAGCACGCUACGAUCAUACAAGCUUGAAGAAGGCGAGUAUGCGAUCGAGAUGCAGCAUAUGAAGAUCGAGUCGGUAUCGACGUUGAUCGUUGCGACGAACAAGUCGCGGAUCUUGGGAAUCAACCUACGGCACGAGAAGCUGACGCUGAGCUUUGCGUUUGUGAACCCUGCCCACCACGGGACCAUAACCUGCUUCUGCGUCGACAGAACCCGGUCAUGGAUCGCGGUGGGUAUGUCACGGGGAAUAAUCGACAUUUGGAGUAUUCGCUACCAAGUGAGACUCAAAGCUUGGGGAUUACAAGCCGCGACGCCGAUUCACAAGAUAACGAUGCAUCCUGUGCGUGGGAACGGCAAGUGCAUCUGCGUCGUCGGAGGUGCGAGUGUUACCGGGGACGAGGUCACAGUGUGGGAUGUCGAACGAACGAUUUGCCGAGAAGUAUUCAGGACCACGGCCGAAAACGGCCCGGCGUCGACGAUGGAACGCAAGUACGAGCCUGUGCUAGUAGACGACGAGCCGACGGAGACGUUGAUCAGCAGGUUUGCGAACGACCCCGUACAGCUUCUCGAGCGCAACGAGGCCAGCAUCAGCAGAGGCGUGCGUGCGAUGUGCAUUUUGGCGCCAGAGCUGCUCGUCGAAUUUGAGCAGGGCAAUCUCAUGGCGGACUAUGAUAACACAUCGAACGGAAUGCCGGGUCGGGGAUCGCUUCGGUAUCGAGCAGCUAUUAUGGGUUCGUUUAUGCUCACUGCGGGCGCAGAUAAGAAUCUGCGGUACUGGAGCUUGGCCAAGCCGGAGACGUCGUUUAUAGUGAGUGGACCGCUUGCGGAGCACGCGCGGCCGACGUACAUGUCGUAUGCUGCCACGGACCAGCAUAUGCAUCAUAUCAUCGUGCAUACCGAGGUUCGCGGAGCGGUGAACGCGCUCGACGGUUUACGAACAGUCGAGCAGGCGCCUCCAGCUCCGAACGGGACGGCGAGAGGUACGUCGUCUAACGGGCCGACGCGGCGAAACACAGAUCUGCGCCGGACGCCGCCGGAGAUGGCGACGCAGCGCAAUACGCUGAUCACGUCGCGGCAGCAGAGCAUGAUGAAAUUCCACAACGAUGCGGUGCUGGAUAUCGCGGUGCUGUUCAAGCCGUACGGGUUGGUUAUCUCGGUCGACCGGGCGGGCGACAUCAAGGUGUAUUCGUAGAGUUGUCGUGGUUAAUAUUUUGUGAUUUGUAAGGAUAGAUUUGAUUGACUGGGAUUUUAAUUCUUGCAUGUAAAGUACGAGAGAGACUGAAUAUGGAACCAAUAUAGUUUUUCUU